AUGGCCCCAAAAUCAAGCUCAUCCAAGAAGACGAGUUCUUCAAGUUCAGGUACCACCUCUGCGAAGAGUGUGAAGGUAAAGCUUCCAACUGAAUACAUCGCUCGACCAUUAAUCAUUAAUCAUGAUUAUACAAGGGCUUGUAAUAUUGUCAUCCACCCUGAUAUACUGAAAGCAAAUGAAAUAAGUUCUGGAUCCAUGUGUGUUGUUUCCAAACUGGGAGCCAAUGGUGUAGUUGCCAUAGCUAAAGCAGGUGAUGAGAAAUCUCAUCCUAUCGAUGUCUUCAUGUUGUCCUCCACAUUAAGAUCUAUUGGGAAUAUCCUACUAGGUGAUAGACUGGAGGUUCAUAAGAUCUCUUCUCAACCACCGUAUGCUUCAAUGAUCACAGUUGGAACAUUACAAAGUAAGAUGAUAAACGAAACUUCUGACAGAAAUGUUGUUGAGAAGGCCCUGAAAGAUUGCGGAAUCAUUUGUCCUGGUAUGGUUUUAGAAAAAAUUGUUAUGUCCAAUGGGGAAUCUUUAGAUAUUGUUGUUACUGCUGUUGAUAGCGACGCAAUGCCAGCUAUUGGCAAUAUGUCAUUACAAGAUAACGGAUCUUCUCAGUCAAUGUUUUUAUCCCCUCCAGUGCUUUACAAAAAUGGUUCUACUGGGUUUAAAUUUACCAAUGAGAAACACGCUAGUAGCAAAUACAAUAUUCCAGAACCACUGACGUAUGAAUUUGUGGGGGGUUUAUCAAAAGAAAUAGAGAUAUUGAAGAAUACAAUUGAUUUACCAUUGCACCAACCAACUCUGUUUAGUGAUUUUGGUGUGACUCCACCAAGAGGUAUUAUGUUACAUGGUCCCCCAGGUACAGGUAAAACUAUGUUAUUAAGAUGUGUGGCAAAUACAGCAAAUGCCCAUGUAUUGACUAUUAGUGGACCUUCCAUUGUCUCCAAGUAUUUAGGUGAAACUGAAGCCGCCUUAAGAAACAUCUUCAAUGAGGCCACCAAAUAUCAACCGUCUAUCGUCUUUAUCGAUGAAGUUGAUUCUUUAGCUCCAAACCGUGCUAAUGACGACAGUGGUGAAGUUGAGAGCAGAGUUGUGGCUACAUUGUUAACUCUUAUGGAUGGGAUGAGUAAUAAUGGUAGACUAGUAGUUAUCGGUGCUACCAAUAGACCUAACUCUGUUGACCCUGCUCUAAGAAGACCAGGGAGAUUUGAUCAAGAAGUUGAAAUAGGUAUCCCAGAUGUUGAAGCCCGAUUAGAUAUUUUACAAAAACAAUUUUCAAAGAUGUCAUCUGAACGUUAUACAUUAACCGAGGAUAACAUUAAGACAAUUGCUUCUAAAACCCAUGGUUAUGUAGGUGCUGAUAUUACUGCCUUAUGUAGGGAAUCUGUCAUGAAAACCAUCCAACGUGGUUUAAAUGAUGAUAUCCUGGUAGAUAAGACCCUUCUGAAGGUAACUAUGAAUGAUGUAGAAAACGCCAUGCUUGAAAUAAGGCCUAGUGCUAUGCGUGAAAUUUUCUUGGAGAUGCCAAAGGUAUAUUGGUCAGACAUUGGUGGUCAAGAGGAUCUAAAGAGGAAAAUGAAAGAGAUGAUUCAAUUGCCAUUAGAGGCUGGCGAAACGUUUUCGAGAUUAGGUGUAUCUGCACCAAAGGGUGUACUACUGUAUGGUCCCCCUGGUUGUUCUAAGACGUUGACAGCAAAGGCCCUUGCCACUGAAUCUGGUAUUAACUUUCUUGCUGUUAAGGGUCCAGAGAUUUUCAACAAAUACGUGGGUGAAUCAGAGCGUGCCAUAAGGGAAGUUUUCAGGAAGGCUCGUUCGGCAUCGCCUAGUAUUAUAUUCAUUGAUGAAAUCGAUGCGCUAUCGCCAGAUAGAGAUGGGGAAUCUACGUCUGCUGCUAAUCACGUCCUCACAUCUUUGCUAAAUGAAAUUGAUGGUGUUGAAGAAUUACACGGUGUUGUCAUUGUUUCUGCUACUAAUCGACCAGAUUCCAUUGAUCCAGCCUUACUGAGACCAGGAAGACUAGAUAGGCACAUUUAUGUUGGUCCUCCUAAUUUUGAUGCAAGAUUGCAGAUCUUUAAAAACUGUACUAAGAAAUUCAAAGUUAUGAAUACUUCAGUUGAUUUGGAGGAUUUAGCUAGGCGUACUGAUGGUUGUUCGGGUGCUGAAGUCGUACUUUUGUGUCAAGAAGCUGGUCUUGCAGCUAUUAUGGAAAAUCUGGAAACUGAUAGAGUUGAAUCAAAGCAUUUUGAAAAUGCUUUGAAAGAUAUAUCCAAGGGUAUUACACCAGAUAUGUUAGAAUACUACGAAUCAUUUGCAUCAAGAAGUGGUAUAGCCCAAUAA